UGGGUUAUUCAUUUUGCGGUGUGACUCGUCGCACGCGAAUUUUAUUAUUAAAAUAAACAACAGAUAGUGCUGUGCUAAAGUGAUUGUGAUAUUUCCGGAUUAUUUUAACUUACUUUAGGAUUUAAUUUAUUUAUCAAAAUGCCUGCCAGAGUACCCGAUACACAAACUAACCAAUUAAAUGGAAUUUCCGAGGAUAUCGUCAUCGCCGGGAUAGCCGGACGUUUGCCAGAAAGCGACAACAUCGAAGAAUUCAAGCAACAAUUAUUCGCUGGUGUCGAUCUGGUAACAGACGACGAACGACGAUGGCCUUCUGGGCUUUAUACACUACCGACGCGGACAGGCAAAUUAAAAGAUCUGUCACGAUUCGAUGCAACAUUUUUCGGCGUUCACGCUAAACAAGCUAAUGUAAUGGAUCCUCAGUUGCGAUUGCUACUUGAGCUCACAUAUGAAGCUAUCGUCGAUGCUGGAAUUAACCCUAGCGAUGCACGAGGUUCUAGAACCGGCGUGUACAUUGGGGUGUCCGACAGUGAGUCAUCAGAAUAUUGGACCCGAGAUCCAGAUCAGGUGAACGGUUAUGGAUUGACCGGUUGUUGCAGAGCAAUGUUCGCUAACCGGGUGUCGUAUACUUUUGAUUUUAACGGACCCAGCUACGCCAUAGACACGGCUUGUUCGAGUAGUUUAGUUGGUUUACAACAAGCCAUUCUCGCAAUGAAGACGGGACAAUGCGAUGCCGCUAUUGUUGGAGGAGUUAAUUUACUUUUAAAACCUACAUCCUCUUUACAGUUUCAUAGACUUGGCAUGCUAAGUCCCGAAGGCAUGUGUAAGGCGUUCGACUCGUCCGGAAACGGAUACGUGAGAGCAGAGGCGGCUGUUGUUGUUUAUCUUCGAAAAGCGAGUGUAGCCAACCGUAUCUACGCCUCUGUUCUUGGGGCAAAAGUAAACACCGACGGAUAUAAAGAACAAGGAAUCACCUUUCCCGCCGGAGAGAUGCAAAACAGACUUAUUCGAGAAACGUAUCUAGAAGCCGGAGUUGAUCCUUCAGAAGUGUCUUAUGUUGAAGCUCACGGUACCGGCACCAAAGUGGGAGAUCCACAAGAAGUUAAUUCUAUCGCAGAUUUUUUCUGUAAGAAUCGCAAAGAGCCUCUACUUAUCGGAUCGGUAAAAAGUAACAUGGGACACUCGGAACCGGCUUCAGGACUGUGUUCUCUGGCUAAGAUCGUAAUUGCCAUGGAGACUGGCACAAUUCCAGCAAAUUUGCAUUUCAAGUCUCCCAAUCAAGAUAUUCCAGCGCUAAGCGAUGGUAGACUUAAGGUUGUUUCUAGAAAUGAGCCAUGGAAAGGUGGAAUUAUUGGCAUUAAUUCUUUUGGUUUCGGUGGGGCCAACGCUCAUAUAAUUCUAAAAUCCAAUCCCAAACCCAAAACUUCGUGGCCUGCGGAUCCCUUGCCUCGUGUCGUAGGAGUUUCUGGACGUACCCAAGAGGCAGUUAAUAAUUUCCUUGAUUAUAUUGAAGAAUACGGUGACGACGAAGAAUUUUUAGCCCUCGUGGAUCAAAUUCACCAAAAUAAUAUUAACGGUCACCCAUAUCGAGGAUAUGCUGUGCUUGACGACACGCCGAUUCGUGAAGUCGCAGAAGUACCGAGCGAAAAAAGGCCCAUCUGGUUUAUUUUCAGCGGUAUGGGCUCACAGUGGGCGGGUAUGGCCAAGGAACUUAUGCAGUUAGAAAUAUUUAGAAGUUCGAUAAAAAAGAGUGCUGAAGUUUUGAAACCACAUGGGGUGAAUUUGGAAGAAAUCAUAGUCAGUGGAACGGAUUCCGCUUUCGACAAUGUCUUAAACUCUUUUGUUUCGAUAGCCAGUAUGCAAGUAGCUCUUACUGACAUUUUAAAAACUAUGCAAAUUGAACCAGAGGGUAUCGUUGGUCAUUCCGUCGGUGAAGUAGGAUGUGCCUACGCUGAUGGAACGCUUACUGCGGAACAAGCGGUUCUUGCUGCUUACUGCAGAGGAAGAGCUAUCCUUGAAAGUAAUCUAAUUGAAGGUGCAAUGGCUGCUGUUGGACUGUCCUGGGAAGAAGCUAAGAAAAGAUGUCCUCCAGAUGUCUUCCCAGCAUGUCAUAACAGUGCAGACAAUGUGACGGUUUCUGGUCCGACUGCAGCGGUAGAUAAAUUUGUACAACAGCUGACUUCCGAAAAUAUUUUUGCAAGAAAAGUGAAAAGUUCCAAUAUUGCCUUCCACAGCAAGUAUAUUGCCGAAGCUGGACCCAAACUACGCAAAGCUUUAGACGCUAUAAUACCUACCCCAAAACCACGCACAGCCAGAUGGAUCUCCUCUUCCAUUCCUGAAUCGGCAUGGGGAACGCCACUUGCACAACAAAGUUCUGCAGCUUAUCAUGUUAACAAUCUUUUAUCUCCUGUACUGUUCUAUGAGGCUCUUAAACAUAUACCAGAAAACGCUAUUGCUAUUGAAAUUGCCCCUACUGGCCUUCUUCAAGCAAUCCUUAAGCGAGCGCUAGGACCAAAUUCUACAAAUAUUAGUCUAGUGAAAAGAGGACAUGAAAAUAACAUCGUAUUUUUAACAUCAGCAUUAGGAAAAAUUUAUAACGCUGGUGCUCAACCUAAACUUGGGCAUCUUUAUCAUCCGGUCAGUUUUCCAGUUGGCAAGGGUACGCCUAUGAUUGCGUCAAUGAUCAAAUGGGAUCAUUCCAUGGAGUGGGCCGUUGCCAAUUUCGCCGAUAAGAGUUCCAGAUCAGGUGAACUAGUCGUAGAAGUAGACCUAAGCAAAGAAAGCGACGAGUACUUAGUUGGACACACAAUAGACGGGAGAGUUCUUUUCCCCGCUACGGGAUAUUUGACUCUUGUUUGGAAAACUUACGCAAAACUGAAAAACACAGACUACGAACAACUGCCUGUUGUACUCGAAAAUGUUCAGUUCCAUCGUGCCACAAUUAUGCCAAAGGACGGUUCCGUCAAAUUCUUAAUUAACAUUUUUGAAGGAACUGGUGAUUUUGAAUUAUGUGAAAGUGGAUCUGUUGCCGUUUCUGGUAGAAUUUACGUUCCAGAAGAUGUCUCAAAAGAAGUAUUGAACUUACCUAAGUCAAGUGUACAAGUUGCAAAAGAACUAUUACCGUUAAAUAGCCAAGAUAUUUAUAAAGAAUUAAGGUUAAGAGGAUACGAUUAUGAAGGUAUUUUCCGGGGUAUUCUUCAGUCAGAUAAUAGGGGUAUAAAUGGUAAAUUGGAAUGGAAUAACAACUGGAUAAGUUACAUAGACACCAUGCUGCAAUUCUCCAUCCUCGGUCAGAACACCCGCGAACUGUAUCUUCCUACAAGACUUCAAAAAGCUGUUAUCAAUCCCAAGGAACAUCUGCAAUAUGUCAACGAACUACCAGAGGCGGCACAUCCUGACGUGCACAUGUACAGAGAAAUUGGUGUAAUCAAGUCUGGCGGUAUCGAACUUAGGGGAAUGAAGGCUAGUUUGGCACCGCGUCGCCAGCAGACACAAGCAUCGCCUAAACUGGAAAAAUAUCAAUUUGUGCCUUUCGAAAAUACCAUUUCGCUUAAUGAAAAUGAUGAAAGGGCCCGAGCGCAUGCAUUAACUGUUCUUUCGCAGACUGUACUGGAAAAUAGUUCUGGUGCACUUAAACUUAAGGUAACAGAAGUUGCUACUGGCCGUCCGCUUGAGUCACUACUAACACCUGCUAUCAAAAAUAUCAUGGAACGAGAACCUAUGUUGUCUGUAGAGGCUACCGUAGUAACUUCAGAAUCCAUCGACAAUUCCUCUUUGGAAACCAGUGGAAUAAAACAUGUUCAAAAAGAUAUCAACUCGAGUACCAUCGACCAAAAUGUACAUUUGGUAGUUCUAGUGGAUGUUUUGACGCACGGUAGAAUCACGCUGUUAGAAAGUGCAGCAAGUUCCUUAAAGGAGGGUGGAUUUAUUCUGUUAGAAGAACCAAAAGGUGCAAUUGAUUCCACCAAAUUAGUUUCCUCGGGACUUGUUAUCGUGAGCACUCAAGUAACCCCAACAAAAAUAUAUGUAUUAUUGAGAAAACCAGCAGAAAUUCCUAUAAAUGCGAUUGUCAUUAAGGUUACGGAAAACGACUUUGCUUGGGUCGAACGAUUGAAAGAUGCCAUGAAGAAGAGUGAAACCGAUGGAAACAAAAUUUAUUUAUAUGUCCAAUCCGAAGAGCUUACAGGAUUAGUCGGAAUGGUGAACUGUUUAAAACAAGAACCAGGUGGUGCAGGAAUCAGAGCUGUGUUUAUUCAAGACGUGAAUGCCCCUGCAUUUUCGCUAAAUCAGUAUUCACAACAACUUAGAAAAGAUCUUGUACAUAACGUCUUAAAAAAGAAAGUUUGGGGUUCAUUUAGACAUAUACUGCUCGACCACGACAGCGAUAGCGGGAAGUUACAAGUUGAACAUGCAUACAUUAACACUCUAAUUCGUGGUGAUUUGUCAAGUCUUCGUUGGAUAGAGGGUCCAUUAACCUAUUAUAAGGGUAGUGAUGCAAGUACCGAAUUGUGUCACGUAUACUAUGCACCACUUAACUUUAGAGACAUAAUGCUAGCUACAGGAAAAUUACCACCAGAUGCACUGCCUGGAGAUUUAGCGGGGCAAGACUGCAUUCUUGGUUUAGAAUUUUCAGGACGUGAUAGUAAAGGCAGACGCGUAAUGGGAAUGGUUGCCGCGAAAAGUUUGGCCACUACUGUUUUGGCGGACGGUGGUUUCUUGUGGGAAGUGCCCGAGAAAUGGAGUUUAGAAGAAGCCGCAACCGUCCCUGUGGUUUACGGAACGAGUUAUUACGCUCUAGUUGUAAGAGGUCGCAUGAAACCAGGAGAAUCUAUACUCAUUCACGCCGGCACCGGAGGCGUAGGUCAAGCUUCUAUUGCUAUUGCUCUUCAUAUGGGUUGCAAAGUUUUUACAACCGUUGGCAGUCAAGCGAAACGCGACUUCUUAAAAAAGACAUUCCCGCAACUCACCGAUGAUUGCAUUGGUAAUUCACGUGAUACUAGUUUCGAACAACUCGUAUUGUCUCAGACCAAGGGGCGUGGUGUUGAUUUAGUCCUUAAUUCCCUGGCAAAUGAACAACUGCAAGCUUCUGUUCGUUGUCUUGCGAUUGGUGGUCGCUUCUUGGAAAUAGGAAAAGUAGAUCUUUCUAAUAAUUCUCCACUAGGAAUGAGUGUGUUCUUAAAAAAUACCACUUUCCACGGCAUCCUUCUGGAUGCCUUGUUUGACAGUAACAGCCCUGAUAAGAAAGACGUUUGGCGUUUAGUAACCGAGGGUAUAGCAAGUGGUGCUGUCAGACCUCUUCCAAGCACUGUGUUCAGUGAAAAUCAAGCCGAACAGGCCUUCCGCUUUAUGGCAUCCGGUAAACACAUCGGUAAAGUAGUCCUGAGAAUUCGGAACGAAGAAAGUCGCAAAGCGCAGCGUCCAAAAGCAAAAACCGUAACUGCUAUACCCCGUACAUAUAUGGAUCCUGACAAGAGCUACAUACUUGUUGGUGGCUUGGGUGGGUUCGGUUUAGAAUUAGCGAACUGGUUGAUUCAGCGCGGAGCGAAAAAGAUUGUUUUAACAUCAAGAAGCGGAAUUAAAACUGGUUAUCAGUCCCUCUGUGUUCGACGAUGGAGAGAAUCUGGAAUCAACGUAUUAAUUUCCACCGCCGAUGCAACCAGCGACAAAGGAGCUAGAAGACUGUUGGACGAAGCUAAUAAUCUUGGACCCGUCGGAGGAAUUUUCAAUUUGGCAGCAGUGUUGCGCGACGCGAUGAUGGAAAAUCAAAGUGAAGCUGAUUUCAAGACUGUGUGCAACCCUAAGAUCAAUGCCAGCAAACAGCUGGAUGUGGCUUCUAGAGCCCUCGCCCCUCACUUGGACUAUUUCGUUAGUUUUUCGUCGGUAUCGUGUGGUCGGGGCAACGCCGGUCAAUCAAAUUACGGUUUGGCCAAUUCAGCGAUGGAACGUAUUUGCGAAGCGCGUCAAGAAGCCGGUCUACCAGGAGUAGCGAUCCAGUGGGGAGCCAUCGGUGAUGUUGGUUUAAUUUUGGAAACAAUGGGCGGAAAUGACACUGAGGUCGGUGGAACACUACCGCAGAGAAUGUCCUCUUGCCUUGCGACAAUGGAUACUUUCCUUCAACAGCCACAUGCAGUUGUCGCUAGCAUGGUGUUGGCAGAAAAGCACAAAGGAAGCGCGGAUGCAAAUCAAGUUAGUUUAAUAGAUGCAGUCGGCAAUAUUCUUGGCAUCAAAGAUCCGUCUACGGUCGCAGGAGCUACAUCUCUCGCUGAUUUGGGAAUGGACUCUUUAAUGGGCGCAGAAAUUAAGCAAACUCUUGAACGCAAUUACGACCUGGUGUUAAGUGCGCAGGAAAUUCGAGCGCUCACUUUUGCUCGAUUAAUUGAACUUGGAAGCGGUGGAAGUGGAAGCUCUGCCCUAGCUGAAACCGUACCUUCUGCUAAAGAUGAACAAGUACAAUUUGACACGAAUAUUGAGAUUAUGCCGUCCAAGUGUUUGAUCCAGAUGCAAAGUAAAGUAACAGAUAAUAAAAAAACACCAGUUUUCGUUCUUCAUCCUAUUGAGGGGGUUGUCAACGCAUUACAAACUUUGGCCGAUAAUAUCGAAGCACCUGUAUACGGCUUGCAAUGUACUGAAAAUACUCCUCUAACAAGUAUAGGAGAUCUGGCGCAAUAUUACAACGGUCAGAUUAAAACAGUUCAAUCCAAGGGACCCUACACGCUGAUUGGAUAUUCGUUUGGGGCUUGUGUUGCUUUCGAAAUGGGAGUUCAGCUAGAACACCGUGGCGAAACCGUGAAUCUUUUGUUAAUAGAUGGAUCACCAUCUUAUGUUGCGACACAUACCGGAAAAGCUAGAAACACAAAAAGCCUACAGGGAAAUACAGCAGCUGAACAAAGCGAAGCUUUAGUCUACUUCGCCAUGCAAUUCAAAGAAAUCGAUCAACAAAAGAUUGUUUCUGAAUUAAUGGCACUAAAAACAUGGGAAGACAGGGUAUCCAGAGCCACACAAAUUGUAGCUGGUUCUGCGCCAUAUCCAAACGAUCAACUGGCGGCUGCAGCUGCUAGUUUUUACUACAAAUUAGUGGCAGCUGACAAGUACAAACCAAAUUCUUACUUCAAAGGCCCUGUUACUCUUAUUAGAGCAAUUGAUAAUUAUGUACAAAUGGGCGACGACUAUGGUCUUUCUGAGGUUUGCAAGGGCAAGGUGAAGGUGCAGCCGCUUGAAGGUAACCAUAGAUCUAUUUUAGCUGGAACCAGUGUACAGAAAAUCGCGAACAUUUUACACAGUGAAGUUAUAAGCGUGUAAUUAUAUUCCAUGACAAAUACUGUAAUUUUGUAGCGUUUUAUUCCAUGUUUUGGUCACACAAUUGUAGAUAUGUUAAUAUAAUUUAAUGUUUGUAAAUAUUAGUUAUAACUAUACUUAAGUCUUUUUAUGUUGUGUAUUUUAUUAUAAUUUAUUUUUUAUGAUUGCGAAAGGUUUUGUAACUUAUUUUAUAAAUUCAAUUUAUUUUUGUAUUUUUGGGGAAACCAAAGAGUUAGAUUUUUUAGUUUUUUAACCACUUCACUUAGUUCUGGUAAUGGCACAAAGUUUGUUGCUUGACUGUUGUGACGCUAUCAGGGCUUUUUUAUUCUCACUGGUGUAAAUAUUAAACUAAUAAAAAAUCAUAAGAAAAAGAA